AUGCGUGUUUUAAUCAGACCGUUCGCUAUAUUUAGGCAAGCUGUGCGGACGAAUAGUGCUGUCCAAUUGAAAAAUACAUUUACGACAGCUUUAGUCUGGAGAGCCAUGGAAGAUAAGGAAGCGCUAAAAAAACGUUUGACGCCACUUCAAUACCAUGUUACCCAAGAGGCUGGGACAGAAAGACCAUUUACUGGUUGUUUUAAUAAAUUUUAUGAAGAAGGUUUAUAUGUGUGUGUAGUGUGUAAGCAAGAUUUAUUUAGUUCUAAAACCAAAUUUGACUCUGGCUGUGGCUGGCCAGCAUUUAAUGAUGUGUUGGCCAAAGAAAAAGUAACUUUACACCAGGAUACUAGUGCAGUUGGGGCAAAUAUAUUACUGGUUUUAACACGACCAGGUAUGGUGCGAACUGAGGUGCGAUGUUCCAAGUGCUCGGCACAUCUGGGCCACGUGUUCAAUGACGGGCCGGCACCCACCAAGAAAAGAUUUUGUAUUAAUUCAGCCUCCUUGGACUUCAUACCGGCUGAAGAACGGACCGAUUGA